CCAGGGCUCCGAGCUGCAGCAGGACCGGCUGAGCCAGAGGCAGGACAGGGGCACAGCACUUUGCUCCAAGGCCAGAGGGAGGACAGGAGGACAAGAGGGGCAGGAAGAGGUGUCUUGGCUGAUUGUCACCGCCCCGCCCCCAAUCUCCCUCCAGUCCCAGGUGACCCUUCCCCUAGAUCCCAGGGUCCAGGCCCGCCCCUGCUGCGAGGUGUGAGAAACAGAGGCAGCUGGGAUUGGUCGGAGCCAGUGGGGGCGUGUCCCGGGCUCCGACCGCCCCAGCGCUAAGGAGAGCAGGUGGACUCCCGAGAUAGACAAGGGGCCGCCCGGCAGCCACCGGCCUGUCCAACCCGGAAUUCUGCCCUCCAGACAUGGCCCCAGGCCCCCUCGAUCCCCAGCCCUGUGGCCCUGCGGGAGUGCAGACAGCCUAGGCACCGCCACCCCAAAGCCCGUGCCCAUGUCCCUGACUCGGGCACAGCUGGCCCCUGGCACGGAGGCCAUGGAGACGGUGGCCCCAGCUGUGGACCUGGUGCUGGGCGCUUCAGCCUGUUGCCUAGCCUGUGUCUUCACCAACCCUCUGGAGGUGGUGAAGACACGGCUGCAGCUGCAGGGGGAGCUGCAGGCCCGGGGCACCUACCCACGGCCCUACCGGGGCUUUGUGGCCUCCGUAGCCGCUGUGGUCCGUGCAGAUGGGCUGUGCGGCCUGCAGAAGGGGCUGGCUGCUGGCCUCCUCUACCAGGGCCUCAUGAACGGCGUCCGCUUCUACUUCUACAGCCUGGCGUGCCAGGCUGGCCUCACCCAGCAGCCAGGUGGCACCGUGGUCGCAGGUGCUGUGGCUGGGGCACUAGGAGCCUUCGUGGGGAGCCCUGCAUACCUGGUCAAAACACAGCUGCAGGCCCAGACGGUGGCCGCGAUGGCCGUGGGACACCAGCACCAUCACCAGAGCGUCCUGGGUGCCUUGGAGACCAUCUGGAGGCAGCAGGGCCUGGCAGGGCUGUGGCGAGGCGUGGGUGGGGCCGUGCCCCGAGUCACAGUUGGCUCGGCUGCCCAGCUGGCCACCUUUGCCUCUGCCAAGGCCUGGGUGCAGGAGCGACAGUGGCUCCCAGAGGACAGCUGGCUGGUGGCCCUGGCCGGAGGCAUGAUCAGCAGCAUAGCCGUGGUUGCAGUCAUGACCCCCUUCGACGUGGUCAGCACACGGCUGUACAAUCAGCCCGUGGACGGAGCUGGCAGGGGCCAGCUGUAUGGGGGCCUCACCGACUGCCUGGUGAAGAUCUGGCGGCAGGAGGGCCCCUUGGCGCUCUACAAGGGUCUGGGCCCCGCCUACCUGCGCCUGGGCCCCCACACCAUCCUCAGCAUGCUCUUCUGGGAUGAGCUCCGGAAACUGGCCAGGCGGGGCCAGCACCAGGGCACCUAGACGGGGUCCCUCACCCCUACAUCCUGACACAGCCCAGCACUGGGCAGGAAGCGAUGACCCGCUCCAGCUGGGAAUGGCUGUCCCAGAGCCCUGCCACAGGUCUGAGGCGAGUGUGGGCAGCUGUGGUCAACCCAGCCCCGUGGCCCACCCAGGGCCAGAGCAUCUGUCCAGAAUUACCCUCCACUCUGUUCUCCAGAAAGUUCUCUUCCCUCUCUGUAGUGGGUUACCUUACCCCAGAGCCUUACUAAUUGUUGUAAUAACUGCUCCGCGG